GACAAAAUGCAGCUCAAGAUUAUCGCCUUGGCAAUUCUGCCUUUCGCUCUUGCUGCGCCCAUGGUCGCUAAGGGUAGGAAGAGCAUCCGUGAUCCAGUUUGCCCAGCUGACGAUUGCGCAGUUGAUAUCCGCGACACUGCGCCUGCGCCUGCUGCGGAUGCGAACCUCGUCGCGAAAGCUCCUGUUCAGGAUGUCGACUCUGCGCUCAUCAAGUACAUGGAGGACGUUAUCGAGGAACGCAACUGAGAGAUGGAGAGCGGGAGCACCAAUUGAAGGGUGUGUUUGGCGGUUGGAAAUGGAAGGCAGCUCUUUCGCCACGCUGUUUGCUCCAUGGGGAUCGUUCGUUCCUGGGUAACACAGUUCCCGAUGAUUACUGGCUCGUUAAUCUAAUGGUUGCGACGUACGGAUGCUUGUGGAAUGCUUUGCGUGACUGUGCCAAGCGUGGAGGACCUCCGUACUCUUAUCAUUGUAGAACACGCUGGAGGCUUGACUCUCUCAAGCGUGAAAGAUCAGCGAUAUGCUGCGACGUGGAGUAUGCCCUUUGCUGCGGC